UCGGGGCCCUGCGCUCGCCGCGGCCUUGCUGGUGCGCGGUGCCGGGAUGCGGGGCGAGGCUGCCUGCGUGACACCCGUGCUGUCGUACCGACGUUUGCUCCCCGUGUUCCUUCUCAGACUUCGGCAAAUCACAAACUGCAGCACAUUAUUUAAGGUUUCAGAAGGAUACGGCAGAAUUGGGGCCGAGCGAUAGCGGAUGUUGGCCCUCGAGCUGGGGAGCGCUGAGCAGCCAUGGAGAGGAUGCAGCGGGUCGUUGGGCGGGCAAGAGCCGCCUUCAACUCAGGCCGGUGCCGCUCACUGGAGUUCAGGAUGCAGCAGCUGAAGGCCCUGGAGCGCAUGGUGCAGGAGAAGGAGGAGGAGAUCCUGGCAGCCAUCAAGGCAGAUUUGCACAAGAGUGGGCACAAUGCAUACAGCCAUGAGAUCCUGGGCGUGCUGGGGGAGCUGGCCCUGGCCAUGGACAAGCUGCCAUCCUGGGCAGCCCCUCAGCCUGUGAAGAAGAACCUGCUGACCAUGCGGGAUGAAGCCUAUAUCUACUCUGAGCCACUGGGGGUGGUGCUGAUCAUGGGGGCCUGGAACUACCCCUUCGUCCUGAUCAUGCAGCCUCUGGUGGGGGCCAUCGCAGCAGGCAAUGCUGUGGUGGUGAAGCCGUCAGAGAUCAGCGAGAACACUGCUCGGCUGGUGGCUGAUCUCCUCCCCCAGUACCUUGACCAGGAGCUGUACCCUGUGGUUACUGGAGGAAUACCUGAGACAACAGAGCUGCUGAAGCAGAGAUUUGAUCACAUCCUUUAUACUGGGAACUCCACAGUGGGCAAAAUCGUGAUGGCAGCAGCCGCCAAGCACCUGACACCCGUCACCCUGGAGCUGGGUGGGAAGAGCCCCUGCUACAUCGACAAGGACUGUGACCUGGCUGUCGCCUGCAGGCGGAUAACAUGGGGGAAGUACAUGAAUUGUGGGCAAACCUGCAUCGCCCCAGACUACAUCCUCUGUGACCCGUCCAUCCAAAGCAAGGUGGUGGAGAACAUCAAGGCGACUCUGCAGGAAUUCUAUGGGGAAGACGUGAAGUUGUCUCCAGAUUAUGAAAGGAUCGUCAACAAGCGUCACUUCCAGAGGAUCCUGAGCCUACUGGAAGGGCAGAAGAUUGCUCACGGGGGAGAGGUUGAUGAAGCCUCUUGCUUCAUAGCACCAACUAUCCUCACCGAUGUUUCUCCGGAGUCAAAGGUGAUGGAGGAGGAAAUCUUUGGACCGGUCCUCCCCAUUCUGACCGUGAAGAGCGUGGACGAAGCCAUUGAGUUCAUCAACCGUCGGGAGAAGCCCCUUGCCCUGUAUGUCUUCUCCAACAACAAGAAGUUAAUCAAAAGAGUCAUCUCGGAGACCUCCAGUGGGGGUGUUACUGGAAAUGAUGUCAUCAUGCAUUUCUUCCUCUCAACCUUACCCUUUGGCGGUGUCGGUAACAGCGGGAUGGGCGCCUACCAUGGCAAGCACAGCUUUGAGACCUUCUCCCACCGCCGCUCCUGCUUGAUCAAGGACCUGAAGAUGGAGGGUAUGAACAAACUCCGGUACCCACCUGGCGGCCAGAAGAAGGUGGAUUGGGCUAAAUUCUUCCUCUUGAAGCGGUUUAACAAGGGCCGAAUUGGACUGGUCAUCUUGGCGCUGCUGGGGAUUGUGGCAGCGGUGGUGAUAAAGAUGGUUUACUACUGAAGAGAGGAGAAGGCGCCGUGAGCAAGUCAUACUCUUGAGUGCUCACUUUGUGUCUGUUUCCUUAAGCUGAGAAGUAAUUUUUUUUUUUCUUUUGUACUGGGUUAUUUCAGUGAGCUGUCAAGCACACAGAGUAGCCUUAGAGAGGCACUAACCACAAGAAGGCUCGGACUCCUGUUUACUAAAAAGCCAUGCUGAAACAGAGGGACCAGUGGGUACAAGCACUCAAGAGGAGGACUGCAGAGCCAGAAAUACCAGUCCCUACCUCCACCCCAUGCCAUGCAGAGCGCUGCUUCCAGGGACGCGCACAUGGUGUCUUGCACCAAACCUUCCUUCAGUGACAGAGGAGCUUUAAGUUUCAGCUGUGAUUGGGUUGACAGUGUUUUCCCUGCGAUUUUGGGGAUGGUCUGUCUUCUGUUGUGCCCCGAACAACCACCCUCUUGGUGAUGAGCCUGAGAUAGGACGUGCUGGCUGAUGCGUUUUACCAGUAGUGAUGGUUAUGAAUAAAUCUAGUGAGGUUCCCACUUUGAUUGAGGUGAAAUAUUUGUGGAUGCCUGUGAGCCAGAAUCAUCCACAGCUGGUCAGGGGGUGCAGGCUCUGGGUUUGGGACUCUGGGUUUCAACAUGUGCCUGUAACAAUUGUUUGGCAGUUAGAAAAUUACAGAGGUGAUACCUGCACUGCCUACGUUUUGCUGGUAAGAGCACCUUGUGCUCAUACAAAAGAACUACCAGGCCUGUUUAGAGAAGUGGGAGUCACAUCAUACCCUGUUGUGGGUCAGCCCAGGUGGGCACCCAAGCCCUACGCAGCCGCUCGCUCGCUCCCCGCAGUGGGAUGAGGAAGAAAAUCAGAAGGAUAAAAGUAAGGAAACUUGUAGGUCGAAGUAAAGUUUAAUAGGUAAGGUGAAAGCUGGGCAUCCAAGCAGGCAAAUUAAGGAAUUCACUCACUACCUGCCCUUGGCGGGCAGAUGUUCAGCCAUCCCCGGGAAACCCAGGCUUCAUCACGUGUAAUGGUGACUUGGGAAGACAAGACACCGUAACUCCCAAUGUCCCCCUUCCUCUUCUUCCCCCCAUAGCUUUUAUCACUGAGCAUGACGUCAUACGGUCUGGAAUGCGCCUUUGGCUGGUUGGGGUCAGCUCUCCCAGCCGUGUCCCCUUCCCAUGUCUUGCCGACCCCAGCCUACACGCUGGCAGGGCGGCAUGAGAAACAGAGACCUUGGCGCUGUGCAAGCCCUGUUUGGCGACAGCUAAACCACGUGUGCGUUACUGACCCUAUUUUGGUCACAAAUCCAAAACACAGCAGCAUCCAUCUAUGAAGAAACUUAGCAGCUAUGAUGAAAAUUAAUUCCAUCUCAGCCAAAACCAGUACAAACCCGUUCCUGGUCAGGUUCCUCCAAGAGAAAACAACUAUUGGAAGAGUGUGUACUCCUUUGUGUUCGAGCUUGUGGGCCUGCUAUAAUCUUGCACUGGGAGAUAAUAUGGGGCUUGUUCUAGCUUGGGGAGAGGAUGCUGGAGAAAUGUAAUGUGAAAGGACCUUAGAAACAUUAAUGUUUAAAUAAGGAAAGCUUAAAUAAGGAAAAUCUAAAAGCUUACUAUUACUAAAUGCAAUUAAUAUAGGGUAGACAAUUACAUUUCAUGUGCAAUAGGUCGGAUUUCUUCAUGCCUGGUGAAAAUCCGUGUGCUAAGCCUUUUUAAUGAUAUAUUUUGCAAGUACUAAAUAAAC